AUGAUCAUUGCUGUGGCCGUAACAUCGGAUUAUAUCGUCAAAGGAUGGAUCAAUUUCGUCAUUGCUUAUAAACCUUGGUUUAAAUUAGCAGGAUCCAGUAGCGAUUUUCAGAUGGGUUACAAGACAUUAGUCAAGAAACUACUCCGACACGGGAAAUUAGAUCCUUCUAUGAGGAUGCAACCUGGCAGAAUACUACCAGCAAAAGAAAUCGAAAAACGUCGAGCUGCUUACGAUGCAGCUCUAGAAAAUCAAAUUGCGCAUGAUCAACCAAAAAUACUCCAAGUGAAACAGCACAUUGACGAGUUGUCGAAAUCGGUUGAGAAUGAACCAGAGGAUAAAGAUUCAAAGUGCCUCGCUCAUAUGAAUGCGCUGAACCAUUGGAAAGAAAAAUAUCCUCAUGCGACCUGGUUAAAUGUUGCACCAUUUACCGCUACAGGUGAUAUUAAUGAUGCUGUAUUUAAUCCACCACCGAGUGCAACAUAUGAUCGUAGCAGUCGAUUUCGCCAUGCCAUUCAUGACUUUGAAAGUUAA